AUGAGUGUGCAAACAGUAAAAAGAGAGGGACACAAACGUCACUUCACUAUUGCUAAGCUACAGUCUAGGAACAAUAGUGAAGAAAGAGAUCUCGUGAAUAUUUUUGCUAGUCUCAGUCUGAAGCCUUCGAAUCUUCCUGCUCGAGAUGCUCCUUGGAAGGGAGGCUUCAUCCUUGAUGCAGCCACACCUGGAGAAUUCAUUGGAGUGCAGUUGUGCUUGAGUCUGACUCAGGGACCGCGAUACACCUGCUUAACUAAAAUGUGGGGAUGCCAAGAGUAUAUAAACAAAAACUGGGCUUGUUCUAUUCAUCAUGUGUAUCGGGAGUUCAACUUGGUAGCGGAUAAACUAGUUGAAUUGGGUUCAUGUCUUGAGUUGGGCUUCUCAAACUUCCAUGACCCUCCUGACAGUAUUAGGUCAUUUCUUAGUCAAGAUUUACUUGCAGUCUGUUAUAGCCGUCCGGCUAUACUGUUUAAAUAUAUACAAAACCAACACGAAGCUUGCACUCGCAGAGGACGGUGGUUGCAGUCGAAGUUUCGCUUCUCUAUCAACUCAAGCUUUGAUUUGUUUUCUUCGGUUUCGGCUGCUUCUUCCUUCGGGUUCGGCACCGAAAAAAGACCCAACCCGCCUAGGAGUCCCGCCCAGCCGCCUAGCGCCCGCCUAGCCGCAGAGGACGGAGGUUGCAGUCGAAGUUUCGCUUCUCUAUCAACUCAAGCUUCGAUUUGGUUUCUUCGGUUUCGGCUGCUUUGUCCUCCGGGUUCGGCACCGAAAAAAGAACCCAACCCGCCUAGGAGGCCCGCCCAGCCGCCUAGCGCCCGCCUAGCCGCCUAG